AUGAGCGCUGAUGAAUUUAAGCAGCAAGGUAAUGCUGCAUUUCUUGCAAAAGAUUAUGUGAAGGCUAUCGAUCUUUUUACCAAGGCCAUUGAAGUUUCAGAAACCCCAAACCACGUUCUAUAUUCCAACAGGUCUGCAUGCUAUGCAUCUAACAAGAAGUUUGAAGAGGCAUUGAAAGAUGCUGAGGAGUGUGUUAAGAUUAGUCCUAGCUGGUCUAAAGGUUAUAACAGAGUGGGAGCCGCCCAAUUUGGUCUUUCUCAAUUGGAUGAAGCUGAGAAGAGUUACAAGAGAGCAUUAGAAUUGGAUUCCAGUAAUAAGGCUGCAAAAGAUGGGUUAGAACAUGUGCAAAGUGCAAAGGCAGGUCCUCAAAUGCCAGAUUUAGGUCUUUCUCAAAUGUUUAACGACCCUAAUUUGAUCCAAAAUUUGAAGAAUAAUCCAAAGACUGCUGAUAUGAUGAAAGAUCCACAAUUGGUGGCUAAAUUAGAAGGUUACAGGAAUAACCCACAGUCAAUCAGUCAGGAUCUCUUCACCGACAAAAGGUUAAUGACUAUUAUGGCUGCCUUGUUGGGUAUUGACUUGAACAUGGGUGAUCCUAGUGCUGGUAGUGAGGCACAAGAAUCUGCCAAGCCAAAAGAACCAGAAUCAAAUCCAGAACCUAGAAAAGAACCAAAACAAGAGCCAAAGCAAGAACCAGAAGCCAUGGAAGUUGAUGAAGAACCUAACUCCAGAGUUGCCGCAGAAGCGGAGAAAGCCGAAGGUAAUAAGCUUUACAAAGCCCGUCAAUUUGAAGAGGCCAUCGAACAUUACAACAAGGCCUGGGAAUUACACAAGGAUAUCACUUACUUGAACAACCGUUCUGCAGCUGAAUUCGAAAAAGGUGAUUACGAUACUGCAAUCAAGACUUUGAAUGAUGCCGUGGAACAAGGUAGGGAAUUGAGGGCUGAUUACAAGACUAUUGCCAAGUCAUUCGCUCGUAUUGGUAAUGCUUACUACAAGUUGAAAGAUUUGAGGAAAGCAAUUGAACAUUACAACAGAUCUUUGACUGAGCACAGAACUGCUGAAGUUCUCAACAAACUGAGAUCCACUGAGAAGGAGCUAAAGAAAGCCGAAUCUGAAGCCUACGUCAAUCCUGAAAAGGCAGAAGAAGCUCGUUUACAAGGUAAGGAAUUCUUCACCAAGGGUGAUUGGCCAAAUGCUGUCAAGGCUUACACAGAAAUGGUUAAGAGAGCUCCUCAAGAUGCCAGAGGUUUCUCCAACAGAGCUGCUGCAUUGGCAAAACUAAUGUCUUUCCCUGAAGCUAUCGAAGAUUGUAACAAAGCUGUUUCCAUUGAUCCAAAUUUCGUCAGAGCUUACAUUAGAAAGGCAACUGCUCAAAUUGCUGUCAAAGAAUUUGCAGCCGCUAUUGAGACUCUAAACAUUGCUCGUGAAAAGGACGCUCAAGUAAACAAGGGUGCUAACGUUAGAGAAAUUGAUCAACUACAUGCCAAGGCUUCCAGUCAAAGAUUCCAACCAGCUAGUGACAACGAAACUCCAGAACAGACUUACGAAAGAGCAAUGAGAGAUCCUGAAGUUGCAUCUAUCAUGAAAGACCCUGUGAUGCAAAGUAUCUUAUCUCAAGCUCAACAAGAUCCUGCUGCUCUACAGGAACACAUCAAGAAUCCUGAAGUGUUCAACAAGAUUCAAGUUUUGAUCCAAGCAGGUAUCAUCCGUACUCGUUAA